CGCACACCCCGGCAGCCGCAAACGCCUUCGCCGUCGCGUCCCGCUCCUCCGCCCGCCCGACGCGACCCCUAGGACCUGGAGAGAGAGGUCGGCAUGGCUGCCGCAGUGGUCGACGACGCUGGUAUGGACGCCGUCCAGAAGCGCCUCAUGUUCGAAGACGAAUGCAUUUUGGUGGACGAGCAGGACAAUGUUGUUGGCCAUGAGUCAAAGUACAACUGCCAUUUGAUGGAAAAGAUUGAUUCUGAGAAUCUGCUACAUAGGGCAUUCAGUGUGUUCCUUUUCAACUCAAAAUAUGAGCUGCUACUUCAGCAAAGGUCCGCGACAAAGGUUACCUUUCCUUUAGUUUGGACCAAUACCUGCUGCAGCCACCCUCUGUACCGUGAGUCUGAGCUUAUCCAGGAGAACUACCUUGGUGUGAGAAAUGCAGCACAGAGGAAGCUACUGGAUGAGCUGGGCAUCCCAGCAGAAGAUGCCCCAGUUGACCAAUUCACCCCUCUGGGCCGAAUGCUUUACAAGGCACCAUCUGACGGGAAAUGGGGGGAGCAUGAGCUUGACUACCUGCUGUUCAUCGUCCGGGACGUGAAGGUGCAGCCGAACCCAGAUGAAGUCGCUGACGUGAAGUACGUGAACCGCGACGAGCUCAAGGAGCUCAUCCGGAAGGCUGACGCUGGCGAGGACGGGGUGAAGAUCUCCCCCUGGUUCAGGCUGGUGGUGGACAACUUCCUCAUGGGCUGGUGGGACCAUGUCGAGAAAGGCACCCUCGGCGAGGCCGUGGACAUGGAGACCAUCCAUAAGCUGAAGGAGUGAGGGGCCGCCGGCCGGCCGGCUCCGAUGACCUCACCACCUGUUGAUGUUGCUGCUGCUGCUGCACUGCAUGUUUAUCAAAAGUUAUCGCUCCUGCUCGCGGAAAGUGAGCUUGACUGUUGCCGGGGUGGAAGUGUCGUUUUGGACUGAAGAUGAGUGCCGCGGAGGGGUUUGUUGUUUGUUUGUUUGUUUGUUCGGUGACCGAAUCGCGAGUUGGACGCCUGUUUAAUCCGUGCUUAUACAUCGUCUGAGUAAACAGCAAUAAGAGGGACAUCCGUAAGCUCUUUCCGU